AUGUCAAACUUCGGAGCUUUCACGCUUGGGCAAGAGGUUGUCUCGGCGUAUCCAGAGCAGGUUUCUGGAAAGACUUUUGCAAUCACUGGUGCUAGCGUCGGUGGAAUCGGUGCCCAUGUGGCAUACUGCCUCGCAGCAGCGCAUCCCGCGACGAUCAUCCUCCUCGGGCGUAAUGAGGCUAAGGUCUCCCCGGUAGUGGAGAAGAUUCAGCAAAUAAGUCCCUCGACGAAGGCGCAAUUCAUCAAAAUUGACCUUGCCUCGACCGCAUCCGUUUGUGCAGCUGCAGCAGAGGUUGGAAAAUCCGUCGCUAAGAUUGAUGUCCUGAUCAACAACGCUGGCAUCAUGGGCACUAAGUUCUCCCUCACACCCGACGGUGUGGAGAGCCAGUUCGGCGCCAACCACAUCGGACACUUCCUCCUCACCAAUCUCCUGAUGCCCAAGCUUGAAGCUGCUGGUACAGGGAGCCGAGUUGUCAAUGUAUCUAGCUUGCUGUACCAGUUCGGCCCGAUGCGAUUCGACGAUUAUAAUUUCUCCAACGGCGCAAGCUACAACACCUGGGAGGCUUACGCACAAUCCAAGACAGCGAACAUUCUCUUUUCUGUUGCAUUGGCCACAAAGCUGGCAAGCAAGGGAGUGAAAAGCUAUUCGGUGCACCCCGGCAACAUCCAGGACACGAAUCUUUCGGCCACCGUCGAUCCAUCUGAAUGGCCAAUUAUAGGAGCAAUGUUCGGAGAAAAGAACGUCGAGCCGCCGAAGGCGAAAACAAUCGAACAGGGAAGCUCAACCACUCUAACUGCUGCCCUGGAUCCCAGAAUUGACGGUGUGUCAGGGGCAUUCUUGGAUGAUUGCAAUCCGGCAAAGGCGUUGGACUAUGCUUCUAGCCUUGAAAAUGCAGAGAAGCUCUGGGCUUUGAGCGAGGAGAUCGUGGGAGAGAAGUUCACCUACUAA